AUGGAAUCAAAGUUGCAAGUUCAGGUUCAGAUUGGAGAUACUCGGCGUGUGUUUUUGAUCAAUCCGCCACAAUCUUAUAUUGAUUUAAUAACAGCUAUAUUGCGUGAAAUUCCGAAGACGAAAUGUAUGGAAUUUGGAUUGCAGUAUGAAAACGACGAAGGUGAAUAUGUUGUAUUGAAUGACGACCCAGUUUGCUUGCGAAUUGCAAUUUCAGGCUCGAAGCACAUUGAAGGAACGAAUGUUUCUCGAUUGAAAUUACAAAUAUUCGAAGGGUCUUUUCCGAGCGUGAAACCAAAAGAUGACAAAGAUGCAGAUCAACCAGGUCCAAGCUCAAUUUCAUCUGAUCGUUCGACAGCACGAACUUGUUUAGAUAAGGAUUUUCAAAGAUUUGAUAGUAAUGAGGAAGAUUAUGACAGUAAUAACAGUGACUACGACAUAACUUGCAAUACAAAUAAGUUGGCAGAAGAACGAACUCCUACUGAGAGAUGCAUCAUAAAAAGCGAAGAAAAAAUCGAACAAAAACGGUCCGUUAUUCACAGUUUACGAGAGAAGUUACAAAAACCGAAUCGAAACUAA